AUGUUCGAGAUGAAGAAAACCAUUGACGCCUUAGUUGUUUUAGCAGGUAAGGUUUCAGAAUAUAACGCAAAAAUGAAUCCGCAAUGUUCAAAAUGUAAAGCAGCAAUGAGGAAAUAUAACUACUCCGUCAAAGAGAUAGAACGUAUGCGAAACGACUAUGCAGAUUUAAAGAAAGAAGCAGAAAAACCAGCAGAAGAUAAAAUGAACAUGUUAGAAUUUCUGAACAAAAACUAUCCAACUGCUGACGAUUUCCUUCUAUCUGACGUCAAGAAGAAGUAUAAAGAAACUUUCGGUAUCGUUAAAACUUUUGACAUACUGACAGAAGAAAUAGAAGCUACGAAAUUGUUUAGAGUCAUGAACCAUCGCAACAUAUACCAUGUAAAACGCUUGUAA